UUUUGAGAGUGCGCGAGCUCUUUUUACAUUACGUUCGUCUGGAGACAAGCGUACUUCGUGUCACGCCGUUCUCUAGUAUAGUUUGAAGGUUGACAUUACCGCCAACGAGCGACCUCGUUUCUCGAUUUCAUACGUUAAACAUCUCAGAUCACAGUUCUCUUUACGACCGAAGUACUAUGUCUGAUGAUUUCAACGAGGCAGAACUGAACCAAGUGAUUACUUUGCUCAAGAAGGACGAGAAGCUGCUGAAGUAUUUCCCCUGCGAUGCCAAGUACAAGAAGGAAGAAAAAUGCGUGUUUUGUAUUACCGACUACAGCUUCUAUUUGUUUAAGAGAGGGGGGAAGAAAAUGAGCUCGUUGUUGGAAGGGUCCUUAACAGAUUUGUGCAAGAUUAUGCUGAUGGGGCUGGAAGAAGAUUGCGUGUGCAUUGAAACUCGUCUGGACAACUCUAUCAAGCUGAGGACUCCAGAGGUUUACGAGAUUGUCAACGUGUUGAGGAAGAGGAUUUUUGGCGAGAUAUUCACAGGGCUCGACGAGAAGAGUAACAACUUGUUGUCGAUUCAGAUUCCAGAAGAGAGGUUGAGGAAGUUGAAUAUAGCAGCCCAGACGGUGAGCAGAUUUACGGCCGCUUAUUCGUACGAGUGUCGAAUGACUGGCCAGCCCUACAACCCUGAGAUUUGCGCUAGGAUUGAGGAGGUGGCGGUGCGCGAGCAGUCGGACUUGAUAGACUUGAACGACAUUAUUCCAUUUUGCGAGCCGACGCACUUGCAGGUGGUGAUACGCGCGCUGUGUUACAAUUCGUACUUUACGAAGAUUAGGCUUGGUUCGUCGAAGCUGGACCGGGACUUGGCUUCCUCUUUGUUUCGGCUUGUGCGCAACAACAGCAAGCUCGAGGAGCUGAUUUUCACGAACCUGCAGUCCAUCACGAAGGACUUUUGGUGCGACCUGUUCAAGGAGCUGGCGGCCAAUUCGUACGCGAAGGUUUCGAAGGUAGACCUUGAUCAGAAUCGGGAUUUUGGGGAUUCCGGCGCCAGUUCUCUGUCGACGUGGAUUUCCUUCCCGUCUACGGUUAUCAGGCACUUGUCUCUGUCGAACUGCGGCAUAAAGAGCCGCGGACUGACGACGUUGGUGUCCGCGCUGCGCAAGAACGAGCAGGUUUCGACCAAGCUGACCUAUUUAGAUUUGAGCAGCAACCACGUGGACGCGACGUUUUCGCGCGUUCUGGGUCCCUACCUGUCUCAGCCGAACACCAUUACCACGCUCAAGUUGGCCGACAUAGGGUUGGCGCUGGAAGACGUGUUCAGGGCGCUGAAUUGCGGUGCGUAUCGCAACAUGCGACACUUGGACGUCAGCUACAACAAGCUGAGUCCUCAAUGCAGUUCGAUGAUGUGCUCGUUCCUUCAGGGCACGGCCGCGCUGGAGGAGCUGAUAUUGGACGGGAUUGGUCUAUCGCUGGACUGCCUUCGAGAUCUGCUUAACACCUUGAGUCAGAAUCCGUUCAUUCAGAACAACGUCUACUUUUCAAUAUCGAAGAACAACCUGACGUCGUUCCCGAGCGUUUCGAUGAACAAGCUCGAGAGGUUGAGGGUGAGCGACAACCCGUUGGAAGACGAGGGUUUGCAAGCGCUGAUGGACAACCUGAUGAACUCGUGCACUCUCAAAUAUUUGGACAUCAGUCGCGUCAUGUCCAAGAAGUCUUCCAAGUCGAUCGACCUUGCGAUUGAAUCGCUCGCGACGUUCCUCACGUUACCCGACCUCGUGCUUGAGACGUUGAUCUUCCAGGGAGGCAAGAACUUCCAGCUGGGCGCGAGCGUCAUCCAGCUGAUCGAGCGGCUGGCGAACUCGAACAUUCUGGAAUUGGACGUGUGCGGACAUGACAUUGGCAACCGCGGGGCCGCCGCGCUCGGACAGAUGCUCCGGUACAACCAGAAUUUGAAGCGGCUGAAGUGGGACGAAAACUCGGUGACGUAUCCUGGUUUUUCCUACUUCUACAACGGACUGCAGUACAACAGUUCCGUCACGUGGAUGAUGAUGCCCAUCAAGGACAUCGACGCGUGUCUUCGAGACGUCAAUCGAGAUGUGCUGCUCAAGUUGUUGGAAGACAUUCAGGACCACAUUUCCGCCAAUCAGGCGUCCUCUCUGUCUCGAAAGAAACACGCCCUUCUAAAUCCCAACUGCCAGGCCGCCAUUGACGGAGCGCUCUACUCGCUCAAUAGCUACACGGAACUCCACCCGAACCUGAUCCACGAGGACGACAAGCCCACCAUCAAAGCAGCUGCCUCCUACGGCACCGUCAUGGACACGAUUCGCCAAUCUCAAUCCGACACGCUGGAAUCCAUACGGAAGGACCUGCUGCAGCUCACCGGCACGGUGCAACUCAGCACCAGCCAAUCCGCGAAUUCUCAUAUCGAGAAGUUCAAAAACUUCGUGUCGGACAGCUUGCACGUACUGCUUGAAACCAGCGAGGUUCCCAAGGAAGAGCUCAAGAAGCACGUCAAGAUGAUGCUCAACUACGGCAUCAAGGAGGCGCACUUGGACGUAAUCAACACCCUGGAUUUGAACAAGCUAUUUUUGGACGCCAUCGACCAAACCCUCACAACCAUCACAGACGUCAUAUCCAACUACUGCUACGAGAAGCUGAUCGACAGACUGACGUGCAUCAUAGACAGGAUCAAGCGCGCAAGAACCAACGAAUACCGAAAGGUUCGCGAAGAGGCGGCUCUCGCUCGGGAGACCGCCCCCGAGUCGAUUUCAAGAAGCAGCAGUCAGAAGGAGAAGGAAAAGGAGAAGGACAAGGAAAAGGACAAGGAAAAGGACAAGGAAAAGGACAAGGAAAAGGACAAGGACAAGGACAAGGACAAGGACAAGGACAAGGACAGAGAGAAAAGGAGAGAGAAAAAGUCAAAGGAGAAUCUAAAACCUCAAACAUCGCAGUCGAGGUUUGCGAAUCUCCCUGCUUCGUCCGAAAACGUUGCAGAAAACAUAGAGACCGUUGCGCCGAUCACCGAUCCCAGAGCGUCGAGAGCCGCUACUCCGAAGAGAAGACCGCCAACGAAAAGGCCCAAUAUUUAGCUUUAAUACACAGAACACAUGACAAACAGCAGA